AUGGAGAGAUCUACAGUUCCUGUUCCUGAUCCUGAUCCUGAUCCUCAACUGGCAGUUCUUCCAGUAACACCUUCAACAUCCUCUGCUCCCCAACGCCCUUCAGCCCUUAUGCUUUUUGUGGGCCACUCCUUUGCCAGGAGGGUUCACACUCAUGCAUGCAACCACAAUGACCCGGCUAGCCUUCAACACCCAGACAAAGUGGUCCGUAUGGACACACUACGGCUCACCUCUCUGCGGAGAACAUUUGCUGGGGAUGGAGUACACUUGAACAGUGAGGGCUUUCACCGGUAUAUUCAGAAGAAAAGGAUUGUGGACUUGGAGGAUGUGAUCAAUGCCAUCUUGGGCUCGGUUGUCGCCGUCACUGCUGGCUGCGCUUUCUACGAGCCGUGGGAGUCGCUAAUGGUGGGUUUCCUGAGUGGCAUGGCGGUUGUCCUAUUUUUCCCCCUCUACGACGUGCUUCGAAUCGACGAUCCUGUCGGAUCCUUCGCCGUCCACAGAAUCGGUGGACUGUCUGGGACGUUGUGCGUCGGGAUUUUCAUAAAACGGGACACUCUCUUGAAGUUGGUUAAAUACAAUGGACUCAUUCACGGUGGGGGGUUUUAUCUGCUGGGGAUUCAGGCUCUGGGUGUCCUCAGCAUUACUGUCUGGAACGCACUCACCACCUUCAUCUUCCUGAAGGCGGAGAAUCUGGUGAUUCCGAUCCGAAUGAAGUCUUACGAAGAAAUUCUGGCUGCAGACUUCGUGGAGCACAACAUCCGACACGCGGGGAUCGAUUACGACGUGAUCAUGAAGGCAUUGGAAUCACCGGGACAUGUCAUCAAAGAGCCUUGGUGCCACUCCAUCCAUCCCGAACUUCAGCAUCAGGCAGCAAUGAAGGAAUGGUUUGUGAACCUGAAGACGACUGGGCGGAUCUCCUCCGCGACGGGGGAGGUGAAACCCUCCGGCGGGAGCAAUAGAGAGGAAUGGAAGGAUGAGGUGGGGAAAUUCUACGACGUGGAAUGGAGUGUCCUUCGCAGUCCUGUAGCCUCUCCAAGGAAAUAG